UGCCUCCGGCUGCCAGGGGAGCGAGCUGGGGGAACGGAGCGCGGUGGCGGCAGUAGCUGCAGCUGCAGCGCCCGAGAAGGGAGCUGUCUGGCCAGGCGUCGUCGAACCGGGGCGCGCGACUGCGACAGGUGGUCCUCUUGCUUUAGGACGGCUGCUGGCGGAUCCGACCUCUCCGUCUCCCAGCCGCUAAGACCACAACUCCGGCUGCCUGAGCUGCGUCACCCGACCGACGUAAACAAGCGCCACGGAGAUCCAGCCGAUUCGAGAUCUGAAGCUUGGGAGCGAAGCCGAGAAGGGCGAGGCGCAAUCCCGUUUCCGAGGCGCGUCCUCAGUCCUGCCGCCAGGAUGAUCUCCGACCCAGAGAGAUCCCAAGCGCCCCCGGGAUCGGCGAGCGCACCCCGUGGCUGAGUUAGAGGCACCCAUUAGGCACCCAUUAGGCUCCUGACUCCCGAGGAGACUCUCCAGAUGCGUGUCGACUCCCGCUCUUUCAAACCGGGAGAGGACGGCCUGCGCUGCGCUACCCCUUGGAAACCCGGAGAAGGAGCAUAGUUCCGACGACCGAACCAUCCUGGACAGCAGCGGAAGCAAGUCUCCUGGGCCGUGGCAAGCAGGGGCAUUACCCACUGAGCCAGCUGACCCACUUGAUCGCUUGGCUCCUGGCCAGCACCGUGACAGCUCAGAGACAGUUGCAGCUCUCCUUGCCAGUCGGGAUCCUGGCGGUUCCCACACCCUCCAGCUGUGGGGCAGCCUUGGUGCCCAGAGCAGGGGUGACACUGUCCAGAGAUGCCCUGGGGAGUCGUAGGUUUCCUGCUGGUGCUCCUUCAAGGGUCGUGGACUCUGCAGAGAGCAGAAUUGUCUGAAUGUUUUAUGGUGAAUGGAGCUGAUUAUCGGGGACUGCAGAACAGAACUGCGCCUGGAACUGCUGGGCGACCCUGUCUCUACUGGAACCAGACCCGAGAGCAUGCCUACAACACGGCCAAGUACCCCAAUGGCGAGUGGGGGCUGGGCAGUCACAAUUACUGCCGAAACCCAGACGGUGAUGUCCAGCCCUGGUGCUACAUCUCAGAGAAUGAGGAAGGGAUCUACUGGAAAUAUUGUGACAUCUCAACCUGCCACAUGCCUGGAUAUGUUGGUUGCUUCCUGGACUCUGGUACUCCCCCAGCACUAAGUGGGAGCAGCGGCACCUCCACCAAGCUCACAGUGCAAGUUUGCCUCAGUUUCUGUCGCAAGCGGGGCUACAAGUUUGCUGGAGUAGAAGCUGGUUAUGCCUGUUUCUGUGGUCAUGAAGGGGAUGUCCAGCACAGCCAGCAAGUGAGUGCUGUGGAAUGUGAUCAAGUCUGCUUUGGCAAGUCCAGUGAACUGUGUGGGGGAGAUGGUCGGAUUGGCAUAUACAAUGUCUCCAUGGGGGCUUGUCAGGGGAACUUCAGUGAUCUCUCUGGAGUAAUCUACUCUCCACAGUUCCCGGAUGACUAUGAGGCCAACAGCAACUGCAGCUGGGUCCUGUACCCUACAGGCUGUGAUUCUGUAGAGCUCAGCUUCCGGAUCUUUGACGUGCAUGAUCCAAACGACCGCCUGGAGGUGCGGGAUGGACACAGCAACCUCUUACUGGCCCAGUUUGAUGGGCGCCGAAGGCCGGGACCACCUCUGCUCUUCCCCACAGACUAUCUUUCCCUCUCCUUCCAGUCAGACCAGUUUCUGCAAGCCCAAGGCUUUGCCAUCUUGUAUCGAGGAGUGAAAGCUUCCUCGGUCAACUUACGGACCCUUCCAGGUGAUGGAUCCCAUCUGGUCCCCACCUCUUCUGAUUGGCUGAACUCCACCUGGACCUACAGUGCCAAUGACUCUGCCAUUGGGGUUGGAGCUUGGGUGAUGUAUACGGCCACAGGGACCUUCAUCUUAGCCAUCAUCAUCGUCUCAUAUCAUUUGCGCAAGAGGACCUGCCUUUUUGUGCAAAAGAAGACAGGGAAUUCUUUAGUCCCAUUCUCCUCCAAAGGGCCACGGAACCGCUGCCAGUGUCUCGGAGGUGAGGCAUGGGCUGUAGCCUACCGACAUACCCGUGUGGUGAUCUGCACCACGCGUGGGGCCCCCCAUCACCGUCCUCUGCACAAUGGGGGCAGAGUUGCUGGAGGAGACGACGAGACGUCCUCCGAUUGCUCGUGCCUGUGCCACAGCUAUGAGAACCUUUCUUCCACUAACCAGUCCUCUCUCAAAUCUCUCAUCUCCACCAUCUGAGGAGCUCAAACCCUGCAGUUUGUGACUUUUACUGCCAGACCAUUAAGGCGGACCUUCCUUGUUUCGUUAGGGACAAAAAGACUGGGGCCUUGUCAUGUUCAGCCACUCAAGAUGGGAGGCAGUGGCUCUAUGACAUA